GUUUUACAUUGGAGCGAGCGGCUCUGCUCCCAGUAAUCUGCACUCGUAUCGGUUUAUCAAGACUGGGGGCCAAUUCUGGGCCCAAAUAAUCUUAAUAAAUUCCAUAAGACCGAAUUUAAUCUGGUCUCAUAUGGAUUUUUAGAAGCUGUGCUCGCGAAAUAAUAAUUCAUCAUUCAUUUGCUCACCGGUGGGUAGCCCGGGAGCAGCCGAUGGCGUUCGAUUGACAUGCCCAUGUCAUCUCAAUACAACAUUAUUUAUUAUUACAUAUUCUAAGUAAAAAUAUAAUAAUAACAUUUUUAAUCUCUGUGCAGAGAUCAGUGCGACAAUCAGUGUACAGUGCGUAAUCAUUCUGUGACUCGUGCGUGGAGCGGGUGAUACUAUUCGGAGGGGCGAGGCGCCGUGAACUUGCUGCUAAGACUGUCGUCACGUUCGUCUAAUCUAUUAGGAGCCUCGUUUGUUUUUACCACCCACUGUCAAAAGUGAAAAAAUGGCUGAGGACGAGGUUUUGUUUGACGAUGUUUAUGAACUCUGCGAGAUAAUUGGCAAGGGACCAUUCAGCGUUGUACGGAAAUGCAUUCAUCGGCAGACAGGACAGACAUUUGCCGUAAAAAUUGUCGAUGUGGCAAAGUUCACUUCUAGUCCAGGACUCAGUACAGCGGAUUUGAAACGAGAGGCGACAAUAUGUCAUAUGUUGAAACAUCCACACAUAGUUGAAUUAUUGGAAACCUACAGUUCCGAAGGAAUGCUUUACAUGGUGUUUGAACAUAUGGAUGGUUCAGAUUUGUGUUUCGAGGUGGUCAGGCGAGCAACAGCCGGAUUUGUAUACAGCGAAGCCGUUGCCAGCCACUACAUGAGACAGAUCCUGGAAGCCCUACGUUAUUGUCACGAGAAUGAUAUAAUCCAUCGAGACCUGAAACCACAGUGCGCCCUUCUUGCCGGAAAAGAAAAUUCUGCUCCAGUGAAGUUGCGCGGUUUUGGUGUCGCGGUACAACUUCCGUCCUCGCAAACCAAUGGCGUUGAAUGUUACACGACCGAGUAUCGUCAGUGUCUGAGCCCAAAGGGUCAGCUCUACUUGAAGGCCGACAAUGAUGGACGAAUUGGAUGUCCGCAUUUCAUGGCACCGGAAGUAAUUCAACGUAGGCAAUAUGGAAAAGCUGGAGAUGUUUGGUCGGCAGGUGUACUGCUUCACAUAUUACUUACUGGAACCCUUCCAUUUGUUGGCUCUCGGGACCGUCUACGGGAAGCGAUUUGCAGAGGACGAGUCCAGAUGGAGACACAUUUAUGGGACACUAUUAGUGAGACAGCAAAAGAUCUUAUUCAAAGGAUGCUUACGACGGAUGUAAAUCACAGAAUUACUAUUCAAGAAGUUCUCAAUCACAAGUGGCUGAGAGAUCGUGAUAAGGGUGCUGUACGAAUACAUUUAGCUGAAACUAUAGAAGAACUUAAGAAGUUUAAUGCUAGGCGAAAAUUGAAAACUGCUGUGAAAGCAUCUGUUUCCUCGGCAAGGUGGCAUGCACCAUAUUCGGAAACAAACGGUGAUAGUUAUUUUGAAAUUGGUGAUGAAGAAGUCAUGACAACAGGUCCUGUUGCUGAAAUUUUAGAUUCACUUGAUGACAUAGAGAUACUUCAGGAGAGUGGUAGACUGACACGCUCUGAAAUUCUUUCCACUGUUGAUGAUUAUCAACUUCGCGCGAUAUUAGAGCUUUAUGACAGAAUUUCAUCACGAUCUCCAACGCCAUGUCGAGCUCCACAGACAGACGCAGUUCAACGAGCCCGAGAAGUUGAGGAAGUUCUUCGAGACGUCGACAGGUCAAAUGCUAGAAAUAUCGACCGAGGUGAUCUUCGUGAACUCCAGGAACUUCUCGUCCAGCCGCAUCUCAAGGCGUUACUUCAAGCGCAUGACGUGGCUGGCCACGAGGUCUAUGGAGAGGAAGCAACGAGGGUCACUCCACCACCUCUUCUACCGUACCUGAACGGCAGUGAUGACCUCGAAGGGCAAAACGGUGACCUAGACCUCGAAAAUGUCACUCGUGUCAGGCUAGUUCAAUUCCAAAAGAAUACGGACGAACCCAUGGGCAUUACGUUGAAAAUGAAUGAAGAUGGAAAAUGUAUUGUAGCAAGAAUUAUGCACGGCGGUAUGAUUCACAGGCAGGCUACUUUACAUGUCGGAGACGAAAUUAGAGAAAUUAAUGGAAUUCCAGUGGCGAAUCAGUCUGUCAACGCUCUACAGAAGAUACUUCGAGAAGCACGUGGAUCAGUUACCUUCAAGAUAGUGCCAUCAUACAGGAGUGCGCCGCCUCCCUGCGAGUUGUUCAGGAUUAGGCCUCUGCCAGUGUUAAUAUUCGUUCGGGCGCAAUUCGACUACGAUCCAUUGGAUGAUGAAUUGAUACCAUGUGCACAGGCUGGAAUCGCAUUUAAGACCGGCGAUAUUUUACAAAUCAUAAGUAAAGACGAUCACCAUUGGUGGCAGGCACGAAAAGACAACGCGGCUGGAUCCGCGGGUUUAAUACCAUCUCCAGAACUACAGGAAUGGCGAAUUGCCUGUCUAGCGAUGGAAAAAAAUAAACAGGAACAAGACACUGAAGGAGAAGGAGGAUGUUCGUCUCACACCGAAGGCUGCGAUGGUUCGACAGUAAAUUGCUCAAUAUUUGGCCGGAAGAAGAAACAAUAUAAGGAUAAAUAUUUAGCGAAGCACAAUGCGGUCUUCGACCAGCUGGAUCUGGUCACAUAUGAGGAGGUCGUAAAGCUUCCCUAUCCCGCCUUUCAGCGUAAAACUUUGGUACUUUUGGGAGCCCAUGGAGUCGGCCGUCGCCAUAUCAAAAACACAAUAAUUGCAAAGCAUCCUGAUAAAUACGCCUAUCCAAUUCCACAUACAACGAGGCCUCCACGAAACGACGAAGAAAAUGGACGCAAUUAUUAUUUCGUAUCGCAUGAUGAAAUGAUGGCAGAUAUCGCUGCUAAUGAGUACCUGGAAUAUGGAACCCAUGAAGAUGCCAUGUAUGGGACGAAAUUAGAAACAAUAAGAAAAAUACACGAAGAGGGUAGAAUGGCAAUUCUUGAUGUAGAACCACAAGCGUUAAAAGUUUUGCGCACAGCCGAAUUUGCGCCUUAUGUUGUUUUCAUUGCCGCACCUGUACUUCAAAAUAUUGCCGACUACGACGGAAGCCUGGAGCGCUUGGCGAAAGAGUCGGAUAUGUUGAAGCAGGCGUACGGUCAUUUUUUCGAUCUGACGAUUGUAAACAACGACAUUGAGGAAACGAUUGCACAAUUGGAGGGUGCUAUUGAGAGAGUUCACACAACGCCACAGUGGGUGCCAGUUUCGUGGGUCUACUGACAGCGGAUUUCGCCAAGUCGUUCGAUUUUGACUUCCGACUGUAAUGGUGCAUCCAGAGGAAAGCAGUAAUUUGUCAAAAUGGAAAGUCCAACGACUUGUGCGUUGACGAGAGAUUCGCAUGGAUACAUCGAAUGGGAACAUCAGGUGAUUAAGGCACAAUGAUAGAUCAAUCAAAGAAAGAAAAAAAAAUUGUCGUCAUCGACCAAAAAAAAAAAAAAAAAAAAAAAAAAAUGUUAUUGGUCUAUGAUGAUGACACGACUCGGGUGUGAUUGUGGUCGUGUGUUCAUAGAAAAUGAAAAAGAAAGAAAUUAAUUAGUAGGUUAUUUAAUGAUCAAAGUCAAAGCUUCCGUGUCUGUGCAAAAAUAUAUUGAGAACCUAAAAUGCCUCAGAGACUCGGAAAAAAAGUGAUUUUUAGGAAAAUCGCGAUUUUUUUUUUGUUUUUUUUUCUCCCCCUUAUUGAUUAUUAUUAUAUAAAUAAAAGAGAGAAAUGAAUCACGAAACGACGAUGGAUCACACCUCUUUGCAGAUCGUCGAAGACUCCUUUCAGGCGAAGCAAUGUGUAUUUUUCCGCGUUUCGCAAAGAAAACAAAAAAAAAAAAAAAAAGAAGAUAAACGAAACUUACUCGCACUCGGGUAAAAUAGAAAGCACUCGAAUUUAGGUGGAUCAUGACUUAAGUUUAGCAAAAUUCUCAAUAUCGUCGAAAUAAGAAAGGUGAUUGAAAUAAAAAAGGACUUCUUUCGAGCAAUUAUAUAAAUGACGAGCGCUGCCCUUAUUCUAUUAUCUCUAUUCUAUAAGUCAUUCCUAUCCUACAGACUGUAAGAUUUCCAAGCAAAAUUAUUAUUAUCCACUGCAAAUAAUGUCCAUUAAAUACUAACAGUCGAUAUCCAAUUUUAGAAUCUAAACACUUGCUUCGUCGAGUUUGUAGCGCUUCUCCGUAUACUUUUGCAGUUCACGCAUUUCUUUUUCUUUCUCUCUCAAGACUGCGGUUACCAUUCAUUAUCAAAAUUUCAAACUAAUUUUAAUAUUUCUAAUUAAUUUAAUUGACAAAAGUUUUUCUAACUUUAUUGUUGAAAAUAAUUUAAAAAAUUUAUUAUUUAAUUGCCAAAAUGCAAAAAUUGUUUAAAUAUUAUGAAAAUAUUACAUUUUUUGCACGUUUAGAAAAGUUAAAAAUGAAAUUAAUAAAACGGUAAAGUCUGGUAACCUUGUAAAAGAAAAGUCUUUCACAUCCAAUCUCUUUUCUUCCUUCGAUAAAUUGCAAAGCGUGUUCCGCUCUCUUUUUUUUCCUUCUAAUCGGACUGUAUGUUUCUCGACAGUCAUGUAUCCACCCUUCCUUUCGUUAUAAUAUUUCUUUCUCAAAUGCAUUAUUUUUGUCAGACUGAGCUCAUUGUUCCCAGGAAGAAGGAAAUUUCAUUUCUUAUCAAAUUCAAAAAACUUGUCAAUAAUUUCCAAAAAAAAAUUCCUUUACACCACACUAAUAAUCAAAAUAAACAAUUUUUAAGUUAGAAAAAAAGGAAAUACAAAUUAAAACAUAAAAAUAGAAUUUAAAUGAAUGGAAAAAUUUUCCCAACAAGAAAAAAUGAAACGAAAUAAAUUGAAAAAUUAAUAUUUCCUUCCUGAUGGGAUCAGUAGUUGAGCGUCACAAAGAUUUAGCUCUUUGUGAGGGCUCUUGUAUAUCCAAACAUAGACUGAGAUACGUAUUGCAAUACUUAAAAAAAAGUAUAGAAUCACUCGGUUCGCAAUUACCCUCGUACAAAGAAUAUAAUCGAAUGGCGGAGUAACGAAAAUGUUACAUAGGAUAUUUAUGAAGUUACAAUCUCAAUAAAUAGAUAGUUUACCAGCUAUAUAAAAAUAAUUAACGACUUAAAAAACACAAAGAGAAGCGCUCCUACGUACACAGAGAUUUAACAACUAGUUAAAAUGAUUGAUCGAUUGAUUAAUGAAAUAACAAAAAAAAUAAUUAAUUGUGUAACUAAUUAAUGCUGAAUUACUAGGAGUCUAAAUAAAAAAUUUGAAUACGCAAAACCCGUAGGAAUGGCGGAAUGAAUGCGAUUAAUGUUGUCAACUUGAAAAUUUCAAAAUGUCACAAAGUCAAGAAAAUAUUCUCUCAUUUUCUUGAAACGUAGGUAAAAUAUUCAGCUACUUAAAUUAAGUAUGUCAAUUGUUAUUAGAAAAAAAAAAAAAAAUUUUCUUCUAUAGGAAAGAAUUUUUCCUUCUUUUUUUUACUGAAAUUUAAUAUUUCAGUUAAUUUUGUUUGACGUUCCUGUACAUUUUUCGUGUGACGAAUCUUAUUAAGAAAAAUUAACAUUUUUUUGUGAAAAAAAUGUUAUUUUUUUAAAAAAGAAAUCAAUUUUUUUGUGAAAUUAAUAAAAAAAAAAAAAAAGUUGACAACACUAAGAAAUAUGACACACGUGUGACCCUGUCCAGAAUUUAUUAGGCACAAAAUCUAAAAUAAAAUCAUGCUUUUAACUAGAUUCUCCUUCGAAUUCUCCAAAUUCCUCAUAAUUUCCCAUCCUUAAUGCACUCUCUCGCAUCAGAAUAUUUAAUGUAGAAAACACUCCCAGGUAAAAUUUUAUAGAAAUUUUCUGAUAAUUCGGUGCUGAUAAUAAUAUAUAAUCGGCAUAAAAAAAAUAGUCGCGCGAAAAGCAUCAUUGAGUAUUUUUUACAUAUAAUGGCAAAAUAUUUUCAUCUGCCGAAUGAAGAAAAAGAAAAAAAAAAGCGACUUGAAAAACACACGAAGGUUCUGAACAGGCGUCAUUGCACGAGGUGGAAUGUAUCGUCGGAUCAUUGAGUGAUCAGGAGCGUUAGUGCAAUUUUAUUAGCAAUUUAAGCCCGUCGGUUUAUGAAUCUAUUGAAUGAUUGUUACAUGGAAUUUAUCCAAAGCGAAAUGUACGCAUGCGAUUGUGAGAAAACAAAACAAAAAAAAAUAAAUAAA